AUGGAGAGUACUCAUUGUGGCAGGAAUAUAGGUAAAAUGGAUCCUGUAUCUGUUAUUGACUUUCUUUCUCCCUACACACGUGGUAAAAAGACUGUUACUAGAAGUGGUAAGAAUCAAUUGAAAAUUGAGUGUGAAGAUUCGCGGAGUGCAAACAGUCUUAAAAAAGGUUUUACAAAUGCUUUCCUCUCUUCUAGAUCCAUUAAGGACAUAAUUCGUAUUUGCGAGGAUGGUGAUUUAACGAAUAUUUUGAACAUAAAAAGAGUAAUCGAUCAGGGCAAUCAUAUUUUAGAUAGAGACGAGUUUACCUUCAAUGGUCCUUUAGUCCCUAGGAAUAUUCAGUUGGGCGGAUAUUUGAUCCAAAUUACCCUUGUCAUACAACGUCCGAGGAGAUGCUUCCGCUGCCAAAGAUUUUGUCACGUUGCAAAUCAAUGCAGAUCGGCAUACCCGUCUUGUAAAUUUUGUGCGGGUAGACAUUUUACCUCGGUAUGUCCAAAUGGCCGUCUGCCCCCUUCUUGCAACAAUUGCAAAAAGAAUCACAUGGCUUCUUCCUCUGAUUGUCCUAUUUUCAAACUAGAUUUCGGUUUCCUCAAAUUCCGAUAUACCACGAACUGUAAUAAAGAUAAGGCGAAAAUGUCCUUUUAUGCGGAAAAUCCGGACCUCUUAAAUAAUAUUGCCUUAUGUGAAGAAAUUUCUCCUCCCCCCUCUCCACAUAUUUCUGGAAUUAAUCCCUCCACCUCUCUGCAUAACUCUGGAGAUGUUUGUCAGAACUCAUCUGCUCCAACUGUAACUGAGACUGGCACAUCUACUCCCCGCCGCUAUCAAUCACUGCCUAUCGAUCAUGUUCUUGAAAUUUCAAGGGCUUAUAACAAACAUCGUUUGGCUGAAGAAAUUCAAGUAGUGAAUUCUUUAAUUGUUCUUAAUCAAUAUAAAUCGAAGACAGAUGCCAUAGUUAAGCGAACAACAAAUGAAGCCAGACGCCAAUCCUUUAGAGAUUUCUGUAACUCCCUAGAUAGACAUACCCCUCUCAAUAAAAUUUGGUCUGUAGUAAGAGCAUUUAAAAAUCGUUUUACCCAACCACAAACAGCCUCCUGCUCAGCAGAAAAAGAAACAAUAGAUAAUUUACAUUCACUAAUAAAAGAUCUUUACCCUCCUACCGCAUUUUAUGAAAACUUCCCAAACAACUUUUAUAAUAACCCUUUUUUAGAAACCCCUUUCACCUUCUCUGAAUUAAAAUUAGCUGUUAACUCAAGUAAAACUAAAUCAUCUCCAGGCCUUGAUAAAAUAGACUUUAACACAAUCCAACACUUUCCUGACGAAGUUUUACUAGUUCUUUUAUCAAUAAUUAACAGAAUCAUUACCAGUCGUAAAUAUCCUCCAUCUUGGAACAAUUUUCUUAUUUUCUUCAUCCCUAAAUCCACACCCGGAAAAUUUCGACCUAUUUCUUUGGCUUCUUGUCUUUUCAAAAUCACCGAGAAACUCAUUUACAACAGACUUCUUUGGCUAAUAGAACGCGAUAAAAUACUGAGUCCAUAUCAAUUUGGAUUCAGAAAAGGAAGAUCAUGUUCGGAUAACCUCGCGCUAAUUUCUACAGAAAUAUGGUCGGGUUUGUCCCAACGAGAAUUCAUUGGUGCACUCUUCCUCGAUAUUAAAGGAGCCUUCCCUAGUGUAAUACCGAACAUAUUAGCAGAAGAUCUUAGGACAAUUGGCAUUCCAGAAUCAAUAACCCGCUUCAUAUACGAUUCAAUUAAAUGUAAAAAUAUGUUCUUCAAAAUAAACGGCGAGAUUAUUGGCCCAAGAAACAGCACUAUAGGCGUCCCACAAGGAAGUAUCCUUAGUCCACUUAAUUUCGGAAUAUACACAAGGGACCUAAACACUAUUAUUCCUGCAGAUUGCAAAAUUUAUGAAUUCGCGGACGAUUGGUCUGUUAUUUCCCGUUCUCAUGAUCCAAAUCAAAUUAUUGCCUCCCUUCAAAACUGCCUUAAUAUAAUGUCUGAAUUUUUAUCUGAUAGAGGUUUAGAAAUCUGUCCAAUUAAAACCCAAUUAGUUAUAUUUAAUAACCAAAAACUUAACAUAGACGAUCCCACAUUUUCCUUAUCCCUAAACGAAUUUACUAUUAAACCAUCACCUUCAGCAAAAUACCUCGGUGUCUUUUUCCACGAAUCCGGAUCCUCUGAUACUCAUUUUAAUUAUCUCUGCGACAGAGUGACAAAAAUUCUAAACAUCCUAAAAGUCCUUAGAGGUACAUGGUGGGGAGCAGACCCUUAUCUGCUGCUUCACAUUUAUGACUCUUUAAUCAGAAGUCUAGUAGACUAUGGUUCACUCGCUGCAAAUUUUAAAACUCACAAGAACUUCUCAAGACUAGAAAAACUUCGUAACCGAGCUUUAAGAAUCUUUUCAAAUUCAAAUCACCCCUUACCAGCUAAAUUAUCAGAAUUAUCUCAACUCACUAUUAACUCAAAUGUUAGAUUUAAUUAUCCUCUUUUAAUUGCAUAUGAAAAAACGAAAAAUUAUAGCGAACUUAUUAGAAGUAAAGACAUCGAUCCUUACUUCGAAUUCCUCUUUGAGGAUCAUUUAUUCACUCCCAAGAUCGUCCUUAAUUGGGGCAAAUCACUGCAAGAUUCCUCUAGCGCCUCAAAUUUAUUUAAAGAUCUUGUUAACUACAACUUUCAUAAUCACACUUUAUUUUUCACUGAUGGUUCUAAAUCAGAAACGGACAGAGUAGCUGGAUGCGCUUCAGUCUGCCCUUCUUUGAAUUUAAGUUUCAAGUUUAAAAUUCAAAAUCACGCCUCAGUUUUCUCACUCGAAGCAUUCGCAAUUUUAUUCACACUAGAUCAUAUUAUCAAUUCAAACCUAUCUAAUACAGUAAUUUUCACAGAUUCUCUUAGUGUUUUAAACAACCUAGCUUCUAAAAACAUUUACCGAAUUAAAUCAUACAUAAUUCUCACAAUAAGAAACCGACUAAAUGUACUGUCAAAAUUGAACCGUCCAGUAACUCUCGUCUGGAUCCCUGGACAUACAGGAAUCGACGGAAAUGAGGAAGCAGACAAAGCAGCUAAAGACGCAUCUACUGAGCCCGUUACAUUGAACAUACCACUCUCGUUUACUGAUUUCUCAUGUUUAGCCCGAAAACAACUGGUUGAUAGUUGUAAUACAUAUUUUCUGGAAAUAGGUCAAAAUAAAGGAACGCAAUACAUGCAAUACUUUUACAAACCUACGAAGAAACCAUGGUUUGCGAACUUUGUAGCUCGUAGACUAUGGAUCACCACAAUUUGCCGAGUUAGAUCCAAUCACUACAAUCUAAACUUCAGUCUAGCCAGGAAGAACAUUGUUCAGUCAGGAAAAUGUCCACAAUGCCCGAACAUCGAAGAAGAUUUUGAUCACAUUCUAUGGGCAUGUCCCAGAUUUGAUCCUUUCCGACCGGACCUAAUAAAAGCUCUCUCAAGAGCCCUAAAAUGCCCUCCUCCAUUUAGUAGUGUUCAAUUUUUAAGUAACCCUAUUCCGAAGAUUGUCUCACCCGUAUUUAGAUUUCUGAAACGUGCAAAUUUACAAAUUUAG